AAAUCCAAAUUCCGGCAAACAAAUAAACCAUAAACCGCCACAAAAACCCCCCGACAAGACCAGACCAGACCAGAGCUCACUUCUAAUGGCUGCCCUACUCCACACCACCACCGCAUCCCCCUUCUUCCAUUCUCGCAGCACUCGCCCCUUCUUCUCGCCAUCCCAUCCUCCUUCCAAUCUCUCAUUUCGUUCCUCAAUCCCCAAUUGUUCCUCUCCUUCCAUUUCCCCAGUGAUUUCUCAGCGUUCCCACCCAAUCAGGCUCACUUAUCUUGAGGGGAAUAGUUGGUUGUGGGAUAUGGCUGGGUUGAAUCUUCUGGUUGAUCCUAUCCUGGUGGGAAACUUGGAUUUUGGUUUUCCAUGGCUCUAUGAUGCUGCAAAGAAGUUUGUCAAGAAUUUCAAACUGGAUGAUCUCCCUGAACUGGAUUGCUUGUUGAUAACUCAAAGCCUUGAUGAUCACUGCCAUGUAAAAACACUGAAGCCGCUUUCCAAGAUGUGUCCUCAUUUGCAGGUUGUGGCCACUCCUAAUGCUGAACCCAUCUUGGGGUCACUCUUUAGCAAUGUUACUUAUCUAGAGCCUGGUCAAAACUUUGAGAUUGGUGGAAGAAAUGGCGGCAAGGUUGAUAUAAUUGCUACUGCAGGUCCAAUACUCGGGCCUCCUUGGCAACGGCCAGAGAAUGGGUACAUUGUCUCAUGUGGACCGAGAGACUUAUCCCUUUACUAUGAACCGCAUUGUGUAUAUAACCAGUCAUUUUUACAGAAAUACAAGGCAGAUAUAAUCAUCACUCCGGUUAUAAAGCAAUUGUUACCGGCAUUUACUUUAGUGUCUGGACAAGAAGAUGCAGUUCAGCUUGCCAAGUUGCUGCAAGCCAAAUAUAUAGUUCCAAUGAAGAAUGGGGACCUAGAUGCAAAAGGGUUUCUCUCUACCAUUUUAUUUGCGGAGGGUACAAUAGAUUCAUUCAAGGAACUUUUGUCCAGAGAGUUGCCUGAAGCAUGCGUGUUGGAGCCCACACCUGGUGUGCCGUUUGAAAUUUCACUUGCACCAAGUGUCAAAUAGUGUGACAUUCAUAAAGUCUAGAUGACAUUUUCGGGGUAUGAAAUUACCUGCAGUUGGAUUAGGAAUAUUGGAGUAAUAAAAGAAAGGGACAUGCACAAACUGCACUUGGCCACGAGUUUCAACUACUGAGAUGGAAAACAAAUAGCUAACGGAUGUUAUACAAUUGCCAUCCAAUUUCUGAAGAAAUCUCAUAUAAGCACGGAAGGAAAACAAACAUAUUAAUGCCACAAACAAAAUAUUAUGUGCACUUUCUCCUCCUUUUUUUUUCAUCCUUGACUCCUGCAGUAUGUACAAACUCUAUAAUGUGUCUCUCCAAAUGAUAUUGCACCGUAACAUUUAUUUAGCUUCUAGCAAUAAAGUAUUCUCAA